UUUAGAUUAUAAUUAUAAUGCGAACAAUAACGAAGUAAAUUGAAUUUUGACAUUAGACCAGGAACGAUUAAGAUAAAUAAAAAUAAAGAUAAUUAUGAACAAUAUAAGAUUUUAGUUCUAGGGGAUCCAUUUGUAGGAAAGACUUCUAUUUUGGAUAGAUAUAUUAAUGGAGAUUUUUAUGAGAAGUAUAAUUCAACAAUAGCAGUUGAUUUUAAACAUGUUCAACCUUCUUCAAAUAUGUCUGUAUAUAAAUUGAUAAUAAAAAAAGCUUAAUUUUUGGGAUUUUAGUGGACAAUAAGAAUUUGUAGAAGUUAGAAAUGAAUUUUAUAAAGAUGCAAAUAUGAUAAUGUUAGUUUUUGAUUUAUCUUCCCGUAAAACUUUAGAGACUCUAGAUAUGUGGAUUCGUGAAGCAAAUGAUUAUGGAGCUGCCAAUAUUCCAAUUUUAGUAGUAGGAAAUAAAAAAGAGAAAAGAAGUAUGUCAGAAAAUGAAGGUUAUAAUUGGGCUAAAUAAAGAUCAUAUUAAUAUAUAGAAGUGUCUGCAUAGUAGAAUAAUAAUAUAGAUUUAUUAUUCAAAGUGAUUAAGGACAUUUUUACUUAAAAAAAAUGA